AGACCUACAGUGGAAAACAGUCAGAGUUUUCGAAAUGAAUCAAAUUCUUUUGAUUUGUUUCUUGCCUCUGGCUUUCGCUACUUUGGACAUCGAUAAAACUUCAGAUGGUCCAAAAGUGAUAACUCCGUUGGGAGGAAUUCGAGGAUUUUACGAUCAUUCACUUAAUGGUAGAAAGUAUAUAGCUUUUGAAGGGAUUCCAUACGCUAAACCACCUGUUGGGGAACUCCGUUUCAGACCUCCUCAAAAGCUUCCAGCUUGGAAUGAAGACAUAGUUGCAAUUAAGACAGGAUCUCCAUGUCUUCAAUAUAUUCAUACUCCUCUGGAUGCAAAAGAGAGAAUAGUUGGGUCUGAAGAUUGUUUAUAUUUAAAUGUUUACAAACCAGUUCUUGAAAGUGCUAAACCCUUACCGGUGAUUAUUUGGAUUCAUGGGGGAGCUUUCCAAUGGCAUAUGGAAGCUCGUGAUGGUCAAUUUACCAAGCCAGAUUAUAUUAUGGACAGGGAUGUCAUCUUUGUCACUUUCAGUUAUCGUGUUGGUCCUCUUGGAUUUUUAAGUACUGGUGAUGAACAUAUUUCCGGUAACAUGGGUCUUAAAGACCAGAAUAUGGCUAUACGUUGGGUAAAAGAAAAUAUCAAAGGCUUCGGUGGAAAUCCUGAUGAAAUCACUCUUUUUGGAUUAAGUGCUGGAGGUGUUAGUGUUCACUAUCAAUAUUUAUCUCCACUCAGCAAGGGUCUUUUUAAACGUGGACUUUCUUUUAGUGGAAAUGCACUCAAUCCUUGGGCUAUAACUGAAGCUGCUCCAGAAAAAGCUAAAAAAUUAGCUUCUAUCGUAGGCUGCUCAACUUCAAAUGUUGAAGAAAUGGUGAAGUGUCUUAGAACACGACCAGCACGACAAAUCGCAAGAGCCGAUAUGGACUUUAUGCCUUGGUUUUUUAAUCCAAUGACUCCAUUCGGGCCUGUUGUAGAAAAAUCAACUGCAGAAUCUCCAUUUAUCACCAAAAUACCAGCAGAAAUUAUUAUGGAUGGAGAAGCUUACGAUGUUCCUUGGAUUACUGGUGUAGUUCCUGAAGAAGGACUUUAUCCCGGAGCUGAUUUCUGUGCUGACAAUGUUGCUUUAAAGGAACUGGAUGCUCGUUGGGACUCUCUUGCACCAUUCCUUUUCGAUUACAACUACACAAUUCCUCUUGGAAAACAUAUUGAAGUUGCAAAAAUUAGACAGUAUUAUAUUGGAGAUAAGCCAGUUGAUAAAACAACUGCUUUAUCUGUCGUUCACGCGAUCGGUGAUCGUCUAUAUGUGAUGGGUAGCUUGAAGGCUGUUAAACUUAUGUCUAGGGCUAACAAAAGCCCCAUUAAAUAUUAUUACUUUACUUACAAGGGUGCGGAAAGUUUGGGACCUGCUAUGACUAGAACUAAUAUGGACUUUGGUGUUGCUCACGGCGAUGAUCCUUACUACGUCGUCGGUUCUCCAUUUAUGAAUCCAACUACAACUUCUCAAGAUCGAGCCAUGCAACGACAAUUGCUUGACAUAUGGGUAUCUUACGCUAUUAAUGGAACACCAAAUGUCGGUCUUGACUGGACUUCAAUCAAUCCAUCUCAAGAUAAAUUAGUUUAUCUACAUAUUAAAGGUCCAGGAAAAUUAGAAAUGAACUCUGAAACCAACUUUGGUAAUAUUGAAUUUUGGAACAGCAUUGAUUUUGAUGAAAGCAAAGUCAAUGGAAAACGAGUUGAACUUUAGUUAUCUAAAUGGAAUAUUAAGUUAUGUUUUUUUGUGUUUUAUCUUUCGAGAUAUAAUUUUUUUUAAAUCAAUUGCCAUAAAUAAGUAACGGAAAUUGUAAUAAAUAAGAAGUUCAUAUUGUAAUAAAAUAAUAGUACAUACAUGAUCA